UCCUACACACGAGAGCUUCGCGACUCGUCCGCUACUCGUCCGACUGUUCGUUUCUGCGGCGGCGGCGAAGACGAUUCGGCUGCGGCGGAGUCAUCGACGGUGGGCGGUGGCCAAAAAAUCGGUUGCGGCGGAGUCAUCGACGGUGGGUGGAUGCCGCCGCGAUUGCGAGGGAAAGCAGACGCACCGCUGCAGUACGGUCCUGCAGAUAGGGAUUCAUUCACGAUUGAGUUGCAUCAUGGGGGUUUCUUUGUUGGGUUUGGUAAUCUGCGAUCUUAUGUUGAUGAGAAAGUUCACUGGUUUGACUGGAUCGAGUCCGAUAUAUGGUCUGCAGUCUGGUUCAAGGAUUUUCUACAGGAACUUGGUUAUCAGAGUGUGGCAAACAUCAAGUUUCAUUGGUUGCUACCAGGGAUGAAUUUUCCAGAAGGACUCAGGUUGAUUAAAUCAGAUAGUGAUGCUCUUGCAAUGAUCAGUGUAGUGCACAAGGUCAAAAAUUUGGUUGUGUAUGCUGAUGAAUCAGACAGUAUAAACAAUGAGGACUGGGAUGACAUAGUUGGCAAUCCUGCUAAUGAGCUACCAAAGGUUCUGAGUCCGCAUAAAGUUGUGUAUGUUGACAAGAACCCAAGAGAGAAGUUACCUGUGUUCUAUACUGAUCUGAAGAAAGGCAGAGUAGACCAAGUUGGCUCUAGCAAAGCAUCUUAUGAUGCUGGUGGGGAUGAACAACAAGAUUUUUGUGAUACUGACUAUGAGAUUAGUGAUGGGGAUGAAGAUCUUUUAGAGGAUGCUGUUGAAAUAAAUUUGCCACAAGUUAAAGGGAAAAACAAGAAGGCCAAGGACAGCCAGCUAAAGGCUAUUGAGAUUAGUGUACCUACACCAAUAUAUGAUGAUGUAGACACAGAGGAUGAAAACCUGGAUCUUCCUAAAUCUGAUGGUGAAGGAGAAGGGAGAUUGAGAUUCAAUUCUUGGAGUGAAGAGGACAUGAACAACCCAGCUUUCUCUGUUGGGCUUGUCUUCCCUUCAGUGCAGUCUGUGAGAGAAGCAAUUACAGAGUACUCUCUUAGGAAUAGAGUGGAAAUCAAACUUCCUAGGAAUGAUAAGAAAAGAAUAAGGGCUCAUUGUGCUGAUGGUUGCCCUUGGAAUAUGUAUGUAUCUUGGGAUAGCAGAGUGAAAUCUAGAGCAAGGUAGCUAGAGCAAGAAGACUGAUCAUGAAAGUUAUCCAUGGUGAUGAGAUCAAGCAGUAUGAAUAUCUUUGGGAUUAUGCACAAGAGACCAGGAGGAGCAACCCUGGGAGCUCAAUGUAUCUGAACUUAGCAGGAAACCUAUUUAGUACUUGCUUCAUGGCUUUAGAUGCAUGCAAAAGGGGUUUUUUGGCUGGGUGUAGACCCCUCAUCUGUCUUGAUGGUUGUCAUAUCAAGACAAAAUAUGGAGGCCAACUGUUGACAGCUGUUGGAAUGGACCCUAAUGAUUGCAUUUUCCCAAUAGCAAUGGCUGUGGUCGAGGUGGAAUCAUUUGUGACCUAGGAAUGGUUCUUGGAGACAUUAAAAUCUGAGCUUGGGAUAGAUAACACAUACCCUUGGACCAUAAUGACAGAUAAGCAGAAGGGACUUAUUCCAGCCGUGAAAAAGGUAUUCCCUGACUCAGAACAUAGGUUUUGUGUCAGACACUUGCACUCUAAUUUUCAAGAAAAGUUCAAAGGUGAAGUUCUAAAGAACCAACUAUGGGCGUGUGCAAGGUCCUCUUCUGUUCAGCAGUUCAACAGAAACAUGGAAAGGAUGAAAGCCUUGAGUGUAGAUGGUCACAAAUGGUUGGAAAAGAUGGAACCGAAGACAUGGGUACGAGCUUAUUUCUCAGAGUUCCCUAAGUGUGACAUAUUGCUUAACAAUAAUUGUGAGGUAUUCAAUAAGUAUAACUUAGAAGCAAGAGAGCUACCUAUACUCAACAUGUUUGAGAGUAUUAGAACACAACUCAUGACAAGACAUACAACAAGCAAAAGGAAGCAGAAAGGUUUGUAGGAAACUUCUGUCCUAAGAUUAGAGCCAAAGUCACUAGGAAUGCUGAAUUUGCCAACUUAUGCUAUCCUUUGCCUGCUGGUCAUGGAGUGUUUCAAGUACAGAUUAGAGAGUACACUAACAUUGUUGACAUAUUUGCUAAGACCUGUGACUGCAGAAGGUGGCAGCUAACUGGAAUCCCUUGCUGCCAUGCAAUUGCUUGUUUGAGGCAUGAAAGGAUCCAGCCAGAGAGUGUGCUCCCAGAAUGCUAUUCUGUUGAAACAUUUAAGAAAGCUUAUGGAUUUAGUAUAUGGCCAUGUAGGGACAAAAGUGAAUGGGAGCAUGUCAAUGGUCCACUUGUGUCACCUCCAGUGUAUGAAAAAAAGUCAGGCAGGCCACCUAAGACUAGAAAGAAACAACCACACGAGGUACAAGGGAAAAAUGGGCCAAAAUUCUCCAAGCAUGGAGUGACAAUACAUUGUUCCCACUGCUCAGAGGCUAACCACAACAGUGGAGGUUGCAAACUCAAGAAAAUGGGUCUCACAUCUUUAGAAUCUAAAAAACUUGUUGCAAAUACACAAGCACAGUUACAAAGAGAGGCUGAGGAGGCUGCUGAGGAAGCUACUACACUAAUUCCAGAGGUUCAACAGACUGAAGAAGAUCAGCUGGACCAGCCAGUAAACCAGUUCUUCACCCAAGAAGUAGAGGUGCUAAACACAGAUGCCAGCACAAUAACCUUGCUGGAUCAAAUGUUAUCACAGGAAACUCAGACAUCAAGAGUUUCUACUGCUUUUGGUCCACUACCAGAUAAUGAGUUCAUCAUGACAAACCAACCUGUGCAAAGGCCUACUGCACUUACCACUUGCACAAAGGCUGGGAAGGCAGCCGCGGCAAAGAAGAGGAAGGCGUCCACAUCUGCACCAAAGAGGGUCAGAACUGGAGCAAACAAGAAGUUGAACAUUGAUGGUAGAGAUAAGGGAGAAGAUGGAACUGCUGGAGUCAAUUAGCAAGCCAUUCCCUAAUUAGUUCACUGUCCUAGGAAUGGUUAUUUUGUGUAUAAAUAUGACUGGUCUAAAUUAUGUAAGCAAGUGCUCAGUUGCUUUCAUCUUUUGCAAGUCUGAAUUAUGUAAGAUAAGUGCCCAGUUAACAUCAGAACUUUAUGCUUGUGAGCAUCAGAACAUGUCAUUCUAGUUAAUGAACUCAAUUUCAGCCCAA